CACUGCCAAAAUGAUAACAAAUAACCCAGAAUACAUAAUAAUGUUAUAAAAUUAAUUGGGAUGCCAAUGGCAACUAAUGUGUAAAGAGGAAGGUACAAUAUGAACCUUGUGAUUCUACACCUCUUGUACGUAGUUGCCUAUGGUAUAACGUCAGGAUUCAAACUCCCGCUAUCUGCUACACAUAACACGCCUAUCAACGGCAUACUUAACAUAUACAAACCAGUUAUGAUCACCUCCAAUGAUGCAUGUCAAAUGGUUAAGAAAAUAAUUAUCGAUGAAAUGUUUAAAAGAAAAACGAUUAUAAAUAAGCCGAAAAUCAAAGUGGGACAUGGAGGCACACUGGAUAUGCACGCAGAAGGAGUAUUGGCCAUAGGAAUAGGGAAUGGAACAAAGAUGCUACCCUAUUAUCUAAAAGGUGACAAGAUAUAUGAAGCCAUAGGAAUAUUAGGGUUUGAAACUGAUACUUUAGACGUGAAUGGCAAUGUAAUGAAAGAGGAGCCAUGGGAACACGUCACACAAGAGGCACUUAAUGACGCCAUAAACUCAAUGAGUGGAACAUACGACCAACUGCCUCCAAUGUAUAGUUCGAAGAAGUACCAUGGGAAAACGCUGAGAGAAUAUGCCAUCAAGAAGUUACCGGUAGUGCUAAAAGCAACACCAGUAACAAUACAUUCAAUAAGACGUAUACACGAAUUAACACUGGAAUUGCCAAAGUUUGCAAUUAGAACUAAAUGUUCAAGCGGUACUUACGUGCGCAGUUUGAUCAGAGAUAUCGCAUACAAACUAGGAACCGUAGCUACAAUGUGCUCCUUGGUACGGACAUCUAAACAGAAUCUAGCAAUAGAAGAUGCAAUACGGUUAGAUGAUCUUGACUACGAUAAAAUUGUAGCUAACAUAAUCACAUGUAAUAAAUAACAUAUAUUAUACCAUGUUAAGGCAUAAAUGUGCGAACUAA